UUUCUUUGCUUUCUUUUUUUUUUUGGUGACCUCAGGGUGCGCCCUGAACUGUGCUGCGCAGUGAGCGCAUAGGUGGAAUCUGGGACAAUGAGUGCGUAGCUCCGGAAGAGACAACAGGAUCAGAGGGGAAGGUGUUUGAGAUACACGUCUCAACUGAUAUUGAUCACGCAUCAUGGCAAAGCGGGUCAGACCUGGCUUUUACCGACAAGAAAUAAACAAGAGCGUCUGGGAAGUACCGGACCGGUACCGCGACCUGUUUCAGGUGGGGACCGGAGCGUACGGAACUGUGUGCUCAGCGCUGGACUCCAGGACGGGAACCAGAGUGGCCAUCAAGAAGCUCUACAGACCCUUCCAGUCUGAGGUGUUCGCCAAGCGGGCCUUCAGGGAGCUGAAGCUUCUCAAACACAUGAAGCACGAAAAUGUGAUUGGCCUUCUAGAUGUAUUUACUGCAGACCUUUCUUUGGACCGAUUCAAAGACUUCUGUCUGGUGAUGCCGUUCAUGGGAACUGAUCUGGGGAAGCUGAUGAAGAAGACCAAACUAUCAGAAGAAAAAAUCCAGUGUUUGGUUUAUCAGACACUGAAAGGACUCAAGUAUAUCCAUUCUGCUGGUAUAAUUCACAGGGAUCUCAAACCAGGAAAUCUUGUCGUCAACCAAGACUGCGAGCUCAAGAUCUUGGACUUUGGCUUAGCUCGGCAGGCGGACACUGAGAUGACAGGCUAUGUGGUGACCCGAUGGUACAGAGCCCCGGAGGUCAUUCUCAACUGGAUGCACUACACACAGACAGUGGAUAUUUGGUCUGUGGGCUGCAUCAUGGCAGAGAUGCUGCAAGGAAAACCUCUUUUUAAAGGCAGUGACCACCUAGACCAGCUGAAUCAGAUCAUGAAGGUCACAGGAACGCCGAGUCAAGAAUUCAUAUUAAAACUAGACUCUGAGGAUGCUAAAAGUUACCUCAAAAGUCUCCAAAAAAUAGAGAAGAAAGAUCUUAAGACAUUGUUUCCAUCAGCUAGUUCCCAAGCCCUAGCGGUGCUAGAGCGCAUGCUUCUGCUAGAUCCUGAGGAAAGAGUGACGGCUGUGGAGGCUCUGUCGUUGCCUUACUUUUCUGUAUUUCGAGAACCGGCAGAGGAGACUGAGGCUCAACCGUACGACAACUCGCAUGAAGACAAGGAGUUGACUUUGGACCAGUGGAAACGUUGUGCCUUCACAGAAAUCUUGAGCUUCCAGCGUACAAUGUUGGAUGCAAAGGAAACGCCACUUUAAAGAUGAGUGAACUACAGCAGAGGACCAAAACAAGCUAAUUCUGAACAAAGAGGACUUUUUGAUUAAUACACGUCCAACAGGCCUGCUGCAGAUGCAGAUUUUAGAAUUUUCUAAAGUAAUUUGCUAAAGAGACACCUCCGAGCUUGUCACUCCUACACAGCCCCGUGUUAUCAUUGCCCUCACCAACAGCUCUGAAUUUUUUAGGUAUCAAAAGGCGUCUUAAGUUCAGACUAAUGGAAAUUUGCGGAACAUCUCCUCUUUAACGACAAGGUUACAUCUGCACCUGAAUUUGGAGGAAAUUCUUGAGUUUCUGCGCAAAUAGUUGCAUUUUCAAGCAUUCCUUUCCAUUUAUGUUGUUCUUGAUAGCUAAGUGUAUCAAACGUUUUCAGAUAUUCUGGUACUGUUCAUUUUAUUCUUUCUGCUCCAUCUCAAUAGGUUACUUGUGAUUUUUUUUCAUCAAAACCUUUACAAAUUAAAGGUUAUUAAAAAAAAUACAUAAAGGUAUUAUUAUUAUUAUUAGUAAUAGUAGUAUUAGUAUUAGUAUUAUUAUUGCAUUGAAUGGAACAGAUUUAAGAAUCUUUAAACAGAAAUCCUACAUUUUUAAUUUGCAGUGUUUUUUUGAAAUAUAUGGGUAAUGUGGCUCAGUCCCCAGGUGAAGCAUUAUUUCCUGUUUUGGUUCUAGUUUGAAAUCUAAAGUACUCUGUAAUCAAAUCUAAACGUUCAUCAUUCAGAGAUGAAUGGAGGUUCUUUAAAGUGUAAUUUAACAUUUUAUUGUGCCUUUCUUUUGAGCCUUUUUAAUUUGUUUUGGUAGUAAAUAGUCAUGUAGUAUGUUUUAUUUCUUUAAAUGUCUGACAAGAUAUGCAAUCAGAGGAGUUUUGUGGGGUUUUUUGCAGUAAGGGAUUUGUUAGGUAGUUUAUGGGGGUCAGGAGGAGGACUCUCACCAUUCCUGCAGAAAUCUCCUCUGCAUUGAACUAUUUGAUAUACACUGAUCAUUCAUGCAUUACUACUAAACUGGGCAGCAUUAUUUUCAUGUUAAUGUAUAUGUUUUGUUUCUAAAACUCAUUAAAUUAUCCAGAACAUAACAAAUGUAAGAAUUAAUUUGAAUGACCACAUUUCAAUAUCUAAUAUUUUUAAUAUUUAGUUUUAUAUGCCUUCCACAUGAGCAAUGAGAUUUUCCAAUAUCUUUUCAAACAAACAUUUGAUUAGAUUUUUUUUUGACACCUGUGCAUUUGUGUGAGUGGCCUUCUUGUUUCUACCAGGUGCCUUACAGAUAGUAACCAAACACAAAUAGUGAACAAGAAUCUUCUCUCCAGGUUAUGCGCAAUAAUCCACUUAUUGAUUAAAGAAAAAAAAAGUGUAAAACAUUCCUGAUUCUGCUGCUUUUGUCAAACAGUUACACAGGACACAAUAAUUGAUCCAAUAAUCAAUAAUUGAUUGAUGAUUGGAUAAUCAUUAUCCAGAGCAUGUUUAGCAUGUUCAGUAAUGACAUACUGAACUUUGAGUCUGCUGGAUAUGUUCGUUGACGUUUAUUACGUAGCAACACACUGCGGAUUUACAGUUUUCCUGUUUGCACUUUUGUAGUUGUACGUCUUUAAACUGUGUAGACAAAAUGAAUUAAAGGACACAGAGGAAAAUAA